UGAUGACAUCAUUCAUUGAACCGCCCAGUCAGCUGUGCCAAUUAAUGUGCCUAGCUUAGCGACUCAACAGAGAAAUAAAAGCCUAUUUUGUGGUUUACAUUAUGGAAAAGAAUCCUACGCGAUACAAUGUACAACUAUAUAUUUAUGACCUAUCGAGAGGGAUGGCCCGCAGCCUCAGUCCUAUCAUGUUAGGAAAGCAACUGGACGGUAUAUGGCACACGGCUAUAGUGGCAUAUGGUGAUGAGUUCUUCUUCGGAGGGGAGGGGAUCUCCAGCUGUUCACCGGGUGGGACGAUGCUGGGUCCUCCAGACACAGUGGUAGAGCUGGGAGAGACUGAAGUGUCUGAGGAGAUCUUUAUGGAUUACCUCUCUUCCCUGGGAGAAAGUACAUACAGAGGUGACCGGUAUCGUCUGUUUGAGCACAACUGCAACACUUUCACCAACGAGGUGGCUCAGUUCCUGACGGGCAGGUCCAUCCCCUCUUACAUCACCGACCUUCCCUCUGAAGUGCUCUCAACACCGUUCGGCCAGAUACUGCGGCCCAUCCUGGACUCGAUCCACAUCGCUCCUCCAGGAGGUAACGUCAUCAACAGGGGAAGAAGCGUCUAACCUGAGAGAGCAGCAGAGUCACAGAGUGUUCAUAAGGUCACUUCCAUUGUAGUCAGUGAAUGAGAAGUCGCAAACUAAUCGUCUUUCUUUCUUUCUGUAAAUAAGUUACACACUAGCACUGAAGUGGAUGGAUUUUGUAAGCUAUAACUGAUUGCUGACCAGUUAAUCCGGAAAAUUCAUAACUUAAAUAUAAUUUUCUCUUAAAAUCUUGUUGGUUCAGUUGGUUGGAGGAACUCGCAGCUAGUUUGGGGUCAUCUAAUUCAAUGUACAGAUAAAGCAUUAAGUACUUAUAUAAAACAGAUGAAAUUUUUGGGUUUACCAGCAAAGCCAGAUAUCAGAUAUUAGUUUUAUGACUGACUUUUAUGAAUGUUGCCUUCUUAGAAAUACACCUACAGUAAGACAGAAAUCUAGUUAAACUUUCAGAAGUGUAAUGUAACAGAAUAUAUUUAAAUUUGGGGCACUGCAACUUAAUUUAGCCUAGCUUAAUUUAUAUUUUUACUCCAUAACAUAGAGAUAUUGCACUUUUUACUCCGCUAUAUUUAUCCGAUAGCUGUAAUUAAACCACAUACAACAUUAAAAUACCUCUUGCACAUUAGUGCAUCCAGCUUAUUUAGUACUUUAACUUUUUGUGCUCAGGUACAAAAUGCUCCUUUACUUUUAUUUAAGUUGGAACAUGUAGUCUUUUUUCCAUUUUGGUACUACAAUGAUUAUUUAAUAAAUAUUUUAGUUCUUCAGUUUAGUCAUUUAAUAAGAAAUGUAGUUCUCUUUCUACCACUGACAUUAUUACAGACAUACCAGUAGUAGGAGAUUAUCAUCUGCUGCUGACUACAAUGAAUUUAAUCCAGUGUACACUUUUGCAUAGAUAUGUUUAAUAUAUUCAAUUCAAUGGAUGCAGGUAGAUGGAAAAUGAGAUGGUCGAAUCUUGGAGAGUCUUUUAAUGUCAAUCAUAUUUAAAUUUUUGCACUUUUAUGAAUUUUUUUUUUUUUUUUUUUUGCUAUUUGGAGGCUUGUAGUUAACUUUCCAUCAGUAAUCCUUUUAUGCCUGUACUAGUUUAGUGUUUAUUGAUUCGGUUGAACUCCUCUGUGGUCGCCUACUUACUAAACCUUACAUUAUCAUUCCAUUUAUCACAUCUUUUGUGAUAUGACGCACAGCAGGUUAUCAGAAACUUGUUUAGUAUAUGUCGCUAUAGCAGGACUGGGAUUAGUUCAUUGUAAAUUUAGCUAUUGUUAUGUUCAUGAAAGUAAAACCCUGGCUGUUGACAUUUGUUAACGGUAGAGCUGAUUACAAAAGUGUAUGUCAUACAGGGCAAGAAAACAAAAUUCAAAAGUUCUGUAAAAUCAUUUCCAAGACAAUUCUGGUCCUUUUUAAAAUGAUAUUCUUGAACAGAAUAACUAACAAUGUAGGGUUUUUGGUAUUAAUUCUAUUCUCUGAUAUAAACGUGAACUGCACCACAGCCCUGUUAUAUGACGCAAGUUGUGCCUCUUGGCCUGUGUUACCAUCUCCACAGGGAGAUGCUGAUCAUAGAUACAUUUUGUUAUACAGUUUUUGAAGUAGACAUGUUUUAGUUUCCAUGUGGGUAAUUCUAAACACAGAUUUCUUUUUUUUAAAUGUAGAGUUGACCAUAUGCUGUACUGUCAACUUAUUAACAACCUGCUUGAGUCCUUUAACAGCCACCAGAGAGUGUUGAUAUACAAUACACCUCUGUGCCUUCAUUUCCCUCUGCUUGGCUACAGUCACACUGUUGGGAGUUGGCAUGGUUAUCGUAUAGCACAGAUGGUAACUUCCUGUGCCGUCCGCAUUAAAAAUCUGGUAGUUAGUUUACUGCAUGAAGGUCCAGAAAUCUAUUAAAUGGGGUUAGAGAUAGUAAGGAACAGUCAACUCACUAAUAAUCAUCCAUUAAACUGUGCAGGGAACUGUAGGAAAUGUAAACAAUUGAAAAUAUUCCAGAUUAAACAUCUGGAUCCAGUAAUACCCACAGCCUACAAUCUCAGUGUAUUACACAAUGCACUCUGCCAUCAGAAAGAACACGUAGCUGUCUAAUUUUAAGAUAAUGCAUAGACAUGUUUUAGGGGUUAUCUAAUUAAGACGUGUUAAACACAAAUGAACCAUAUUGAGCCUCACAAGCCUGAGCGGAGUGAUGGAUGAAAGAAGCACAGAAAAACAAGAAAUCUUAAAGAGUGAUUCAACCAGCAUUAACUUUCCUUGUGUUCUCCUGCAAUAAAUAAACCUUACACAUAUUUUACCUUCCAAGCAGUCGCCAUCACUCGACGCUCGAGGCUUAAUCAUUUCUCUAGUGCGCCUGCACACAAAUAUAGGAUGUGCGAGAAUUUAAAAACGAUGUUUUUCAAAAAGUUUAACCUGACAUUUGUAUUAUAUUUGUAUUUGGCUACUCUUAGGUUAAUUCCCCUUUAAGAGGCUAGAAAGCUCAGGUGAAUCUGGGUUCUGUCAUUUUGCCUUCUGCUAACCAACUAACUGACAUGCUAACCAGACCACUGAAAUGUAUUACUGCACAAGUCACCCUUUGUUGCUCUGAUAUGUUGUUGCUGGCUGCUACCUGUAAUGUGAAAUUACAACAGAUAGUUCUGGAUAUUAUAUUAUUUUCUGUUUAAGUAAUCUAACUAUAGUAGAUAUGUUUAUGCAUAUUUAUGUUUGUGGAAUUGUUUUUUUUGUAAUUCUACCUACAUAUAAAGCCAUUGACUGCAAA